AUGUCGUUCGAAGCCGUGAUGCCGCCCUACAAUGCGAGCGACCCGACCGCCACUUUCGUCAGUGCCUCGUGCCUGGACUUCCUCCUGAUCGAGCUGGUCCCCAUGGCCUACCGGGUGACCAACGAGCUGGAGGCAUCAGCGGCGGCGACCUCAAGCAUACCUCCCGCAGCGUCAUCAGCAGCAGCAGCAGCAGCAGACAAGGACGUGUCGUCGACGGCGGGCACGGCGGCAGGAGGCGGAGGAGGCCCGCGCGCCGUCAUGGACGAGGAGGAAGAGAGGGACGCGGUGUUCUACCGGCUCGAGACCCUGGGCUACAGGGUGGGACAGGGCCUCGUCGAGCGCUUCUCGAGGGACCGCCCGCGCUUCAACGAUACCCUCGACGUGAUCAAGUUCCUCUGCAAGGACCUGUGGAUGCUGGUCUUCCGGAAGCAGAUCGACAACCUGAAGACGAACCACCGGGGAGUUUACGUUCUGACAGACAAUGCCUUCCGGCCGUUCUCGAGAAUGAGUACGGAGACUGGAGGAGGGGCGGUUCAACGAGCGGAGCCGUUCCUAUGGUUUCCCUGUGGCGUCGUUAGAGGUGCAUUGGCGGCAAUGGGCGUCAACGCGACAGUACAGGCCGAGACUAACGAGUUGCCUGGUGCGGUGUUUCAGAUCAAGACUGUGCCAACGAAAUGA